AUGGAUGAUAUCGAGGAACGGUUGCGAAGCCAUGCCCAGGCGUUCGAUGGCCUGCUGUCGUUGAUUCCGGCAAAAUAUUAUUAUGGGGAGGAUGGUAGUGACCAAUGGAAACGCAAGAAGCAGACGAAGGAGGAAGCUCGUGAGGCGAAACGGGCGAAAUUGGAUCCUGAUGCCGCGAAGACUGCCAAGGACGUGAUGGAAGAGAACGCCCGGAAACGUAAGCGUCAAGAAGGACAAACCGAAAGUGCGUCGUCUGAGGAUGAAGAGAUGGGCUCCGAACUCCCCAAAGAAGGUCUGAAGCGGGCCGAUGCUACGACAAAGAAGCAGAAGCAAUCUGAAGAUUCGGCCAAGUCGGAAGAAGCAGAAGUCCGUAAGAAACUGAAGGAGGAGAAAAAGGCACAGAAGAAGGAGCAACAAAAAGAGAAGAGAAAGGUCAAAGAAGCCAUUAAGAAGGAAAAGCUAAAGGAGCAACAAGAUAAAGAGGUUAAAAUCCCCGCGGCUGAUAAUAUGGAGAAGCCAGAGUAUAAGCCUGCAAUUGAUAUGAAAAAGGAGCAAGAACAAUCACCUGCAAAGGAUGGUGAUGGCGAUGACGAGGUUGAUGGAGAAGAUGCCGACGGCCUCUCACUCGAGUUCAACCCAGAGUCAACAGAACAGUCUUCCACGUCUUCCACUCCCAACUCCCCAGGCUUUGAUGCUUCUGCCCUUCAAUCGGGCAGUUCUUCAAUAUCUUCCAUUGUUCCACCUUCUGCUCCUAACGAUUCUUCUAAGAACUCAUCCGAAGCAAAGCCUCUCAAACCCACACCCGAAGAAAUGAAACAACGACUACAAAAGCGUCUGGACGAGCUCCGCGCAGCUCGUCAUGCAGACGGCUUGAACGGCAGACCCGCAAGAAACCGCCAAGAGCUGAUCGAGGCCCGCAGACAAAAGGCAGAACAACGCAAGGCACACAAGAAAGAACUACGACAGAAGGCCAAGGAGGAAGAGCAACGGUUGAAGGACGAAGCAUUGGCCCGUCGCUUUUCUCCCGGUGGCUCAGGCUCUCUCCUCGCGUCACCGCGCUCCCCAGCUGACUCGGUGGGUUCCAGCGCCGCCAACUACUCUUUCGGUCGUGUCAUCUUCGCAGAUGGCCAAGCUGCCGAUCCCAGCCUGCAGAACGUGCGUGAUCAGCCCAAGCGUCACGGUGCUCAGGACCCCGCUUCGGCCCUGAAAGCCGCCGAAGCCAAGAAGGCCCGACUACAAGGCAUGGACGAUGAAAAGCGGGCCGAGAUCGAAGAGAAAGAUAUGUGGUUGAACGCCAAGAAGCGUGCUCACGGUGAACGAGUGCGUGACGACACUUCACUCCUCAAGAAGGCCCUCAAGCGCAAGGAAUCCGCCAAGAAGAAGUCCGAGCGUGAAUGGAAAGAGCGCUUAGAUACCGUCCGGAAGGGCAAGGAAAUGAAACAACAGAAGCGCGAGGACAACCUCCGUAAACGCCGUGAAGAAAAAGGCAACAAAGGCAAGAAGUCUACUGCCGGAGGCAAAAAGAAAGCUAGACCCGGUUUUGAGGGAAGCUUCAAGGGAAAAUCCGGUGGGAAGAAAUGAACAGUGACUAGUAUGUAAUACCAACUUAUGUACCCAAAACCAAGAGACGAGCAUUCGCUCCGCGCGAACAAAAGCAGCCAAUGGUAAAAGUAAAUUUGAGGAAUGUGGGAACUGGUGUUUGGGCUUCUUUAGGGGGAUAUCUUGUUUUUUUGUGCAUAUGUGCAUAGGUAGCGAUUUACCUGUUGAUAUUGAUAAAUUUCAAAGGGGUUCUCUUGGUUCCAUCCCCUUUUGUUUUGUUGGGGUCAGUAGAGAUUGGAAACAAAAAAGAAAAAGAGAAAAGGCACUCUUAGAUUUAUUCCCUAACAAAACAGUGUAGAAGAUAACAAACCAUGCGGGAUUUCCCUCCAACAUCAAGACAAUAAAAAGACAUAAAAAAGACA